UUUCAGGAAAUCGUAACAAAAUUAAUUUAUGAUAGAAUGCUUUGUUGGCACUACAUAUAUAUAUGUUAACUUCUCUUUUUGGAUAUAGUGACAAUUGUUAACAGUAAUUUAUCAAUGUGUGAAUAUUUCAGGUUGAUUAUUGACUACCUUAGAUUUUUGGAUGGAAUGGUCCGUAUGAACAUAAACAAACCUGUGGACAUGGGGUAUGAAGUGCAUUAGAAACAUACAAGAAGCGUUAAGAAGGUGGAUUGCUCAUGUUGUAAUAGCUCUGAAAGGCUGUGAUCAGUGUGGAAGAGGUGGCGUGAAGUUCAACACACUGCCUCACAUAGCAUACACAAUGGCCUCCUUGGAUGAGCCAGAGUCUGAUCAGCAUAAUGAUGAUGUCAGCAAUGAUGGUCACAGUAUACGGCGUCUACACUCAGCUUCAGGUUUCUCUCAGGAAGAGGAUGGCAUCUUCUGUAAGAAUGACCCAUACAAAGCCUUGCAGAGGUCACAGUCGGAUGCUGCAUUGCUGAACUCCCCCGAUGAAGCACAGUCAAAGCUGUCCAACCUUGUUAGUAUGGCAGAGAAUUUCAAUGGAGGCACAAAUGUUUCUGAGUGUUCCAAAGUUUACCUUGAUUUGUCUCGUGCUGAGGCAUUUGAGAAGGUUGAGCUUGGCGAGAGUCAGGGCAGAAUGGUACGAGUGUCAUCUGGUCGAUUUUUGGAGACUAUCAUGCAAGAUGAAGAGCUUCAGACAGGAGAUCUUAGUCAUGUUUAUAGCCAGCAUUCUCUCUCAAGUGAGAGCAAGUCGAGCCUUGGCUGCAGCACCAGUGAGGAUGACAUUUCAGGGAAAAUAUCCACUUGUGUAGAGAAGACAUCAACAUCAGUGAAAGUGGUCAAGACAAGUCAAGGUCAGUCAAGUGAGCAGGCCAACAAACUUAAGGCCAAUAUGAAAUCCAGUUUUCAGAUAUACUCUCAUUCCUUGAAACAGAACAUUCGUCAGCUGCAGAUGGGAUCUGUUCCUGAACAGAUCAAUGCCUUGCAAGAACUGAAUGUACUCAUAGCUCAAGCAUGGUCAAUGCAGAUAUAUGGUCGAGACCUUGCUUAUGGUCUGUGUGAUAUCCUGAGGACAGAACGGGCUCUGGACAUAAUAGUCAAUAACUGUGCAUCCAGUAAUAAGGAAUUACGAACUGCUUCUGCAUAUUUAUUGGAACAAGUUCUUACAACAGGCAAUAGAAAGCGUGUGGCUGAGUCUGGGUUAGAGACAAUAGUAAAGAUGACUGUUACUGCUAAAGGUGAUUGUGAAUUGGCCCGUACAAGUACAGGAAUCCUAGAAAGCCUUUUUAAAACAUCUGAAGAUACAUGUACAAAUGUUAUCCAGCUUGGUGGUCUGGAUGUUAUUUUACAUUGGUGUCGUUGUAAUGACCGCUUGACCCUAAGACAUUGUGCAAUAGCCCUUGCAAACUUGGCCUUGUAUGGUGGCCCCGAAAACCAACAUCAGAUGACGAAGCGGAAGGUUCCUGAGUGGUUGUUUCCUCUCGCCUUUAUAAAUGAUGACAGUGUCAGAUACUAUGCUUGUCUGGCAAUUGCUGUGCUGGUAGCAAACAAGGAGAUUGAAGCUGCGGUAGAGGCAUCUGGCACCUUGGGGUUGGUCAGUCCUUUCCUUGCCAGCCAUAACCCAGCAGAGUUUGCCCAGAUGGAUACCUCACAUCGUCAAGGACGGUCCCUGGGCUGGCUUCGGCGUCUGGUCCCGGUCCUGUCAAGCAAGAGGGAGGAUGCUCAAGCUCUAGCUGCCUUCCACUUUGCCAUGGAAGCAGGAAUCAAGGCUGAACAAAAUAAGAAGGAGGAACUAUAUGAAAUUGGCUGUGUGGAACCCCUGAAGCGAUUGGCAAGCACCCCUAACUCUACAGCAUCACAACUGGCUGCAGAGGCACUGAAGAUAAUUGGGGAAGAGAUACCUCGCAAGCUGUCUCAACAAGUGCCUCUCUGGAGUGUGGAGGAUGUUGUCUACUGGGUCAAUCAGGUUGGGUUUGAGAGCUAUGCUGGCAUGUUUGAGAAGUGCUCGGUAGAUGGUGACCUUCUACUGCAGCUCAAUGAGGAUGAGCUGCUAAGCAGUUUGGGAAUGAAUUGCAAGAUUGCCAGGAAGAGAUUCUUAAGGGAGUUGCGUGACUUGAAGAUAUCGGCAGAUUAUACAUCCUGUGAUCCCAGCAAGUUGGAUGACUGGUUGAGUGAGGUUGCCCCAGCGUUUUCCCAGUACACCUACCAGAUGCUACAUUGUGGUGUAGAUCGCAAGAUGCUGGCCCUACUGACAGAGGAACACCUGCAAGUUGACUGCAAUAUUAACAAUGGUGUGCAUCGCAUGAUGAUGCUGCAGAGGGUGAGAGAAUAUGAACAAGCGGGCCUCCCCACCAUGCUGACAAGUCCUCAGCUUAUUUGUAGAGACAUCACAGAUGGAGCUUUCACAAGUUCAGAGAAGACCAUUGAUGCAUUCAUCAGCUACCGUCGGUCUAACGGAUCUCAACUAGCCAGCCUCCUCAAAGUCCAUCUACAGCUUCGUGGCUUCUCUGUCUUCAUUGACAUUGAAAGGCUUCGUGCAGGCAAAUUUGAUGAGAACCUGCUGUAUAGCAUUAAAAUGGCCAAAAACUUCAUUCUGAUUCUAACUUCAAAUGCGCUUGACCGCUGUCUUGGAGAUGUGGACAAGAAGGACUGGGUUCACAAGGAGAUUGUUGCUGCAUUGGAGAACAAGUGCAACAUUAUCCCAGUGAUGGAUAACUUUGAAUGGCCGUCACCAGACCUCCUGCCAGAUGACAUGAAACACCUCAGCUUCUUUAAUGGAAUCAGGUGGAUCCAUGACUACCAGGAUGCCUGUGUAGACAAGCUGGAGCAGUUCCUCCGUGGAGAAGUGAACACAAUCACCAAACGCAGCCAGUUGGUCAGCAUGGGUAGUCAGGGAUCCUUUGAACGACAUUCUGUACAACCCUCAUUCCACUGGAGCCCUAGCAAUGAGAGCAACAAGGGGGAAGCCAGCAGCCCUGGCUGUGAGAGGGAAGCCAGUUUUGACACAGGCAAGAGAGUGACUAGUCCAGACAGCUCCUAAAUAGGGUCCUGUCCAACAGGACACAGAAGUAACUACAACUAGUUGACAAGGCAUAAACAGCAAUCUGCUCUCACUAGAGCCAUCCAGUCGUAGCCUCCAGAGUUACAUGUCUGCAUAGAUGGUAGAUAGUCAACAGCAUAUUGACAGUAGAUUUCAACUUGCAUCAUAGAAAGCUGGAUUGCAGAGACAUUCUCUUUGCCCUUUUGAUAAGCCACAACGUUUUACAUUGGUUGAAAAGGUUUAUUUGUUUAUAAGCGCUGACAUUUCAGAUGGUAUCAUGCAUAAUAUGGUGAAGUGUGUGCAGAAACAUUUCACAGGAUUGUAUCUAAACUUGUGGUGUAUUGUACUGAGAUUAAAGCCGUCUUCAUCCUGCAUGCCCCUUAUAUAUUCACACUCACAGAUCUGUGUAUUCAGGGAUUGUUACUGUUAAGAUAGUUUUGUAAUGCAUUGCUUUACGUAUUAGCUGAUCGUCAGCUUUCAUCAGGGCAGCUGCUACGUUACAGCCCAUGUAUUUCACUCAACGGGGGACUUUCAUGCUAUAUAAUGGUGACUGACCUCCAAAUGAUUUUGUAUUUGGACUUACUUCUGCUCUUGGUUUUAAUGCUUGGACAGUGCUGAUGACUUUUAUACAAAACGCAGCUCAGUUGGCUUAUUUUGAUAUUUAUCUAAACCUGAACUGUUUCAUGAUGUAGUCUUUGCAAUUGUUAUUCUCAGGUUCGGUGCUUUUCAAUGUAAACAUGUUUUCAGUUGUUUUAUCAUUUUUACACAGGGUAAUGUGGCUGUUUUUAGCUCACCUAAACACACCUAUAGCAAUUGAUACUGGUAACUUAUAUAUGUCAUAUCACAAUGUCCAAGCAAAUGUCAAUGAUAAACAUUUAUACUUUCAAAAAUGACUUCUAUUAUAUCCAUUAUAUAGUUUGAAAGACAAUUUUGCCGUGAACCUGGUCCAGGUCUCCAGGACAGGCAAGUUUUGAUAUCAUAAACUUCUUUUUUCAAAAUGUCCCUGACUUAGUACACCCUGGAUUAAUCUGUAACUGAGAUAACAUGAUGUAUUUUACUGGCUCUUAGUAUCCAAAUAUCAGGAGAGGAGACCCCAGUGAGGUGCUGUCAGUUAGGGAGGUGGAUGCUGGGUGGCCUGAAACAAUUUGUAAGACCUCUCACAGAAAUAUGUUUUGUGUGUCAAUGUUUUGUCUGUAACAAGAGCCCAGCCCUAGUGUUAAACUGUCACUUUAAUGAUAACUAUCCAUACUUCCAUCUGGUGUAUGUACAUGAGUGAUGCUGAUGCAGAUUGAUGCAGUACAUAUUCAGCACAAGCCUCUAGAUGUUGGGUGCUGCAUUACUUGGUCUUAACAUGUAUCACAGCAUUGGGUAGAUAUGGUUACAAAGGUCA